AUGUUGUUUCCAGUUUUAAUUCUCUCUGCCAAUCGAAGUCUUUCAGAGGGAUUUAGUCUUAGUGUUUGCAUACCUAUGAUUUCAGUAGAGGUUGAGCAGUUUAUACUUGAUGACUUGAGAAACCGUGUACAGCUAAGCAGUGUUGCUCUGCCAUCCGUUAGUUUUUAUACAUUUAUCAAUGCACAUAAUGGUUUAAACUGUUCAACUAUACCCCCUGACGGGUCAUUGGUUGCUGCUGGAUUUUCAGAUUCAUCGCUGAAGAUUUGGGAUAUGGCAAAGCUUGGGCAACAGGCUGUUGGUUCUGUUUUGCAGGGUGAUGAUGAUGCAAAUCCAAAUGAGUUUGGUUCAAAUGGAGGAAAAAGACCCUAUACCUUAUUUCAGGGGCACUCAGGACCAGUUUAUUCAGCUUCUUUUAGUCCUAUGGGAGAUUUUAUACUUUCCUCUUCAGCCGAUUCAACAAUUCGGUUAUGGAGAACUGAACUAAAUGCAAAUCUUGUUUGCUACAAGGGUCAUAAUUACCCAGUAUGGGAUGUACAGGUAUAUCUCAUCAUUUUCAGUUGUAAAUUGUUCAUAUUAGCAGUUCUUUUGCAUCUCUGCUGUUGAUUUGACAUGAAAUGAGUGGCCAAUAUAUAUAUGUGUGUGUGUGUGCAUUCUCCUUUUUAGUUUCCUUUCUUGGCCACUUAAACAUUUGCCCUCUAUUUGGAAUUUGGAUUCUAGGAUGGAAAAAAGAAAAUCCAAAAGAUUUU